AUGUCAGAGGACAACAUCAUCUUCCUCAAUGACUUGUUGCUUCCUCAUGUCGGAGCCAUUAGCACAUUCAGCCGCCCACGUAUACAGUAUGGUUUUGGAUUGUUGGAUGCCGGGCUGAUGGUGCAGCAGACCACGCUCUUUAACACAGUUUCUCCACAGAGGAAGUGCAUCAAAGAUGUUACACUACAUCCUACCAGGAUCCUCUCUCCAGGGGGCGUGGUCAGUGUUGAUAUAGAAUCAGAUGCCUGUCGUGGGAGGAAGAAUGAGGUCAACACUGUAGAGCACGUCCAGGUGAGAGUGAGCAUUAGCGCGGUGUGUCGCGGUGACCUCUCCAUAAGCCUGGCGUCUCCAGCUGGCACUGUCUCACUGCUGUUGGACAGAAGGCCCAAUGACGCGUCCACUGCCGGCCUGAAGAACUGGACCCUGAUGACGGUGCACUGCUGGGGGGAGCAGCCACAGGGCCUCUGGACCUUUCAGGCCCAGUAUGUCGCAGAGACGGGGAGGAAACACUGUGGAGCUGAGCCACAUAACGACAGUGCUGCUCAUUACCGGAGGGCCGAGACGAGUCACUGUGAUGCUCGCAGCACGAAUUAG